AUGACGUAUCAUAAUUCGAAAUUAAAUAUCAUCACAAGUAGCGAUAAACAUCCUAUUCCAAAUAUAGACGAUAUUUUAGACGGUUAUAGGGCAAUAGAAAUUGAUCAUACCCAAGAAACAAUUUUUGAGUACAAUGGUUUAAACUAUCAGUAUGAAGAAUCAAAACCAUUAAAUGAACUUAAACUGAACAAACAUUGUACAUUUAAAAAUAAUUGUAAGCUCAUAAAUAAUAAUGUCAUAGAAUUAGACAUUAUUCUAUCAAUUAUAGAAAUUGAAGAAACCAUUUUAAUAAAAAAUGCAAGAAGUAUUGAACUAAAUCAGACUUGUGAUAAAUAUGUCAUAUAUCUUAAUAAUUAUAACAAUUCUCAGUUUGUUUCCAAUCUCGCUAGUGUUGGUCAUAUUCGAACUCGAAACAAUACAAAUGAUGCAGGUGCUGCAUCAGAUAAUACAAUAAUGUCAAACAACAAUAACAAUAAGAAUAAAAAACAAAAACCAAAUGAUGUUGAUGAAAAUUACUAUUCAAUCUUGCAAUCAAUAUUUGCUAAUAGUGAUAAUGAUGACAUGCAAAGUGAAACCUGCGCAAAUUGUAAAGAGAACCAUCGUUCGUCAGAUCCAUCCUUUCCACACCGACUUGCAUAUGUUCAAUUAAUUAAUGAAAAUCAAGGCAAUUCACGUCAAAGUUCAGUUAUUCAAAAAUCCAAACAAUUUAUGGGGAACUAUAAUCAACUUUUUCCACCAAUCUUUGGUGUAAACGCUACUGGCAGUGGUAAUACUACAAACACACCUUGGCAUAGUUUUAAUCACAAUCGUAAUUUUUCUAAUCUAAAUAAUUCUGUUAAAUACUCUUACAACAACAAUACCAACAACUGUCAUUUGAUGAAAAGGAACGCAUCGUUCGAUAAUCACAGAAAAAAAGUAAUUAUGGCUCAGGAACAACAACUUGUCAAGGAAAUCGAAACAAAAAAUCAGCAAAUUAUUCAACUAACAGCAGCUGUACAACAUUACCAGGAGAGAGAAGCGGCAAACAUCGCAAAGGAGAAAAUUAUGCGAGAAGUUAGAUUUAUGUCCACAUUUACUGGGAAAGGAGAGGUUACUAUAAAUUCAUUUAUAAGUAGUAUCGAGUACUAUCUGUCAAGUGUGCAAGAUGCAGAACUUAAAAAAUUAAUGGUUAGGACAAUAUACUUUGAGAAAAUCCAAGGGGAGGCGAAAGACGCUAUCAUCAGUAUUCCGGAACCAGACAACUGGGAAUUAAUAAAAUCAGCCUUGAGAUUAAGAUAUAAACCGGACAUCGAACCAGCAGAAAUCUACAGAAGAAUAAACAACAUCAAAUGUAAUUCGGUAGAACCGAUGGACAUAGGUAAUAUCGAAACAAAAAAUAAUGACAGACGGUAUCGCGAAUUAGGCCAUUCUAGUAGGGAUCCGGGCAAAGAUAGCCAUCAACAGGCCCCUAGAAUAAAACCAGACAGUGACAUAACCGAAUGUUAUUUUAAAGAUCAAUCGAAUAACAUAGAUUUUUUUUUAAAUUAG